AUGGCUAAUCAGGGGACGAUGGAAAGAGAGCUUUUGACCUGCAGCAUUUGUUUGGAUUUACUAAUGGAUCCAAAGACACUACCUUGUAUGCACAGAUUCUGUGAGAGCUGUCUUAACGGCCACAUCUUCGCCUCAGCUGCGAGAACUUCCGAUUCCAAGCCUGGGUUCUCUUGUCCUGAUUGUAGAGAGUUUAUACCGGCUCCAGACAGCUCCAGCACACCUUCAGCCUGGGUGGGCAUGUUCAAGACAGAUUUUACCAUGAAAAGUAUGGUCGAGGUCUACGAAUCAAGACAAGACGUUUGUGCUCCGAAAGUCAGAAAUCCUUGCCCGAAGCACGAAGACAAAGAACAAGAACUGUACUGCUUUGACUGCUCUGCAACCGUCUGUCAUCUGUGUGCGGUUAUUUCUCAUAGGGCAUGUCGCCAGAUUCUCACAGUCACAGGAGCAGCACAACAACGUCGAAAUACCUGGCGAGAAUACCUGAAACAAAUACAACUUUUGAUAUCGAAAGCCCUAGAGACUGACGAAUCAAAAGCCGACUACAUGAAUGAGAUACGCAUUAAAAAAGACUGUGUCGAAAAACAAAUCAAAGAUGCAGCAAAUAAAAUGCGUAAAAUUGUUAACGGACGAGGAGGAGAAACUUUUAAAACAGAUACAAAACAACUUCGACAACCUUCGACAAAAAACUUUGACAUUUAA